CGUUAAGAUAUAAAACCAUUGUGGAUGCAUGUCUUUGUCAUUAGUAUGAUUUCAUUUUCAUUCACAGAUAUGUCAAAUUCACAAUCCUUAGAGGUGUUUUACCCAAUCGGAUUUACAGGAGUAUCUGGUAACAAUGGAGUUGGAGGCACAGUCAUAGGCCUCCAGAGCCAUGAGAUCAUGAUCCCCCAAGCUGUGAUGAAUAAAAACACACCGUCACCAAGGAAAACCGGGGCAGACAAAGACAGGAUGGACCUGGUGGAUGUGAGCAGAAGACCGGGUCCGGGUCCGGACCACACAGGCAGAGAGCGGACUGAUCUUCACAGCCAGGAGGCAACAACAGUGGAUGCUCAGGAUGGAAAUAUGUUGGGAAAACAAGUUAGACGCUUGAGUGGAGGCAAAGUGAGCGACGGUGCUCAUCUCCAAAGAAAGGCAGAAAGAGUUAAUGGGUCGGAUGUUACAUUGACCCCAGGCCAAAGCAGAGUAAUGCAAGACCGCGGCAGUUGGGAGCAGAACAAUGGCACAGUGGCUACAGUGGGAAACAGUACAUAUACAGACUAUGAUGAAACCAGGGAAUAUAUCAGCUCUGAAACUUACCCAUUAGCCGCGGAACAACUACCCAGUCGCUUGUCUGUUCCAGCCAAGAUCCAAGCGUCCCCCUGAUCACGUGAAGAUUCCGUCUCUUCCCCAUCAUGAGUCAAGGGCGGCCAACUGUUGACUCACGGAGGCCAGUUAGGAUUCUUCCACAUACAGUCACUCCUGGGACUUUUUGAUCCAAAUUUAGGUUUUUACAUGUAUUUUUUUGUUUUGUUAUCGUGUCUGGAAAUAUAAGAAAGAAAGAGGUUUUGACAAUUU